AUGGUGAGAGGAAAAACCCAGAUGAGGCGUAUAGAAAACGCCACAAGCAGGCAAGUCACCUUCUCAAAGAGGAGAAAUGGUCUGCUAAAGAAGGCCUUUGAGCUCUCAGUCCUUUGUGAUGCUGAGGUGGCACUCAUAAUCUUUUCUCCUAGAGGCAAGCUCUAUGAAUUUGCUAGCUCCAGCAACCUUUCAGUGGAACAAAACACACAGCACUUAAAGCAUGAAGCAGCAAGUAUGAUGAAAAGGAUCGAGCAACUUGAAGCAUCUAAGCGGAAAUUGCUUGGAGAAGGUUUGGGAACAUGCUCCAUUGAAGAACUGCAGCAGCUAGAACGGCAGUUAGAGCGUAGUGUUAAUGUCAUACGCGCAAGAAAGAUGCUAGUUUACCGGCAGCAGAUUGAUCAAUUGAAAGAAAAGGAAAGAGCUUUAGCUGCUGAAAAUGCCUUGCUUUGUGACAAGUUCGGGUUCGAAACACAAAGAAGAGAAUCAAAGGACGAGAGGGCAAUCGGGACUUCUGCAGAAAUCAGCGAAAUAUCGGAUGUGGAGACCGAUUUAUUCAUUGGCCUGCCCGAGAUGAGGAACAAACGUACCUUCCCGAAAUGA